AAGCCGCUCUGCGGGCGCUACUAUCUAGGUCUCCUCUCUACACUCCCUCCCCCUCCCUUCUCGCCUGCCUGCCCGCCCGCCCGCCAGGAUCGGGGAUUGGCUGGGCGGCCGCCUGGUCCCAGAAUGCUGUGCAUGGCGCGUCAUUGAAGAGAGACCAUGAUGGCGGCGGCCGCGGCGGCGGGGGGAGCCCCCGAGGUGAUCGCCCAGCUGGAGAACGCGGCCAAAGUGCUGAUGGCACCACCUUCCAUGGUCAGUAAUGAACAACGUCAGCAUGCUGAGCACAUAUUCUUAUCAUUUAGAAAAUCAAAAUCACCAUUUGCUGUUUGCAAGCAUAUUUUAGAAACUAGUAAAGUGGACUAUGUCCUUUUUCAAGCUGCCACGGCGAUAAUGGAAGCGGUUGUACGAGAAUGGAUUCUGUUGGAAAAAAGUAGCAUUGAGUCACUACGAACAUUCCUUUUAACAUACGUCUUACAAAGGCCUAACCUCCAGAAGUAUGUACGGGAGCAGAUAUUGUUAGCAGUAGCAGUAAUAGUGAAACGAGGGUCCUUAGACAAAUCAAUUGAAUGCAAGAGCAUUUUUCAUGAAGUCAGCCAGUUGAUAAGCAGCGGUAACCCCACUGUGCAAACAUUGGCCUGCUCCAUUUUAACAGCAUUGUUGAGUGAGUUCUCAAGUUCAAGCAAAACCAGCAACAUUGGACUAAGCAUGGAGUUCCAUGGUAACUGCAAACGGAUAUUUCAGGAGGAUGAUCUUCAUCAGAUAUUUAUGCUCACAGUAGAGGUACUACAGGAAUUCAGCCGGCGUGAAAACCUUAAUGCUCAGAUGUCUUCAGUCUUUCAGCGUUAUCUUGCACUAGCCAAUCAGGUCUUAAGCUGGAAUUUUCUUCCUCCAAAUUUAGGCAGACAUUAUAUAGCUAUGUUUGAAUCCUCACAAAAUGUGAUGCUAAAGCCAACAGAGUCCUGGCGCGAGACCCUCCUGGACAGCAGAGUUAUGGAGCUUUUCUUCACGGUGCAUCGAAAAAUUAGAGAAGACACGGAUAUGGCACAAGACUCGCUGCAGUGCCUAGCCCAGCUAGCCUCUCUUCAUGGGCCAGUGUUUCCAGAUGAAAGUUCUCAAGUUGAUUACUUAGCUCACUUCAUUGAGGGAUUGCUCAACACUAUCAAUGGAAUUGAGAUAGAAGAUUCUGAAGCAGUGGGAAUAUCAAGUAUAAUCAGCAAUUUGAUCACUGUAUUUCCUCGCAAUAUAUUAACAGCCAUUCCAAAUGAACUUUUUUCUUCAUUCGUUAACUGCCUCACACACCUCACUUGUUCUUUUGGAAGAAGUGCUGCCUUGGAAGAAGUGCUUGACAAAGACGACAUGGUAUACAUGGAGGCAUAUGACAAGCUCUUGGAAUCCUGGCUUACUUUGGUACAAGAUGAUAAACAUUUCCAUAAAGGCUUCUUUACCCAACAUGCUAUUCAGGUUUUUAAUUCUUACAUCCAGUGCCACUUAGCUGUUCCUGAUGGUACAAGGGAUUUGACUGCCAAUGGUGUUGCCUCUAGAGAAGAGGAAGAAAUCAGUGAACUGCAAGAGGAUGACAGAGAACAGUUCAGUGACCAGCUGGCCAGUGUAGGCAUGUUAGGAAGAAUUGCUGCCGAGCACUGUAUACCUCUUCUUACAAGUUUAUUAGAAGACAGAGUGACGAGGCUUCAUGGCCAGUUACAAAGGCAUCAGCAGUUAAUUGGCUCACCAGGAUCAGCCUCUAUUGACAAUAAAGCGCUUGAUGACUUAUAUGAGGAUAUUCACUGGCUUAUUCUAGUCACAGGCUACCUCUUAGCUAAUGAUACUCAGGGAGAGACUCCGCUAAUACCUCCAGAAAUAAUGGAGUAUUCCAUUAAGCAUUCAACUGAGGUUGACAUCAAUACAACGCUUCAAAUUCUUGGAUCUCCAGGAGAAAAGGCCUCUUCCAUUCCAGGGUACAACAGAACCGAUUCUGUUAUUAGGUUAUUGUCUUCUAUUCUAAGAGUGUCCGAAGUGGAAUCUCGAGCAAUAAGAGCAGAUCUAACGCACCUUCUGAGCCCACAAAUGGGAAAAGAUAUUGUCUGGUUCCUUAAGCGGUGGGCAAAAACUUAUCUCCUAGUAGAUGAAAAACUGUAUGACCAGAUAAGUCUGCCAUUCAAUACAGCAUUUGGUGCUGAUACAGAGGGCGCUCAAUGGAUUGUGGGUUAUCUCUUAGAAAAAGUAAUCAGCAACCUUGCAGUGUGGAGUUCUGAGCAGGAUCUUGCAAAUGACACUGUGCAAUUGCUAGUUACACUGGUAGAAAGGAGAGAGAGGGCAAAUUUAGUAAUUCAGUGUGAGAACUGGUGGAACUUAGCAAAGCAGUUUGCUCAGCGGAAUCCACCUCUUCACUUCUUGUCCAGUUCUGUGCAACGAACAUUAAUGAAAGCCUUAGUUCUUGGAGGUUUUGCGCAUAUGGACACAGAUACAAAACAGCAGUACUGGACAGAGGUUCUUCAACCACUUCAACAGCGAUUCUUGAAUGUGAUAAACCAAGAAAACUUCCAACAGAUUUGCCAAGAGGAGGAGGUGAAACAGGAAAUCACUGCCACCUUAGAGGCACUUUGUGGCAUUGCUGAGGCUACCCAGAUAGACAAUGUAGCAAUUCUCUUUAAUUUUCUAAUGGACUUCCUCACAAAUUGCAUUGGACUAAUGGAGGUGUACAAGAAUACACCAGAGACUGUUAACCUCAUUAUAGAAGUUUUUGUUGAAGUUGCACAUAAACAAAUAUGCUAUCUUGGAGAGUCUAAAGCCAUGAAUUUAUACGAAGCUUGUCUGACCCUACUUCAGGUGUAUUCCAAAAAUAAUUUAGGUAGACAGCGGAUCGAUGUUACAGCAGAAGAGGAUCAAUACCAGGAUCUUCUUCUCAUUAUGGAGCUUCUUACUAACCUACUUUCAAAAGAAUUCAUAGAUUUCAGUGAUACAGAUGAAGUAUUUAGGGGACAUGAACCUGGGCAAGCCACAAGCAGAUCUGUGUCAGCAGCAGAUGUUGUCUUAUAUGGAGUGAAUCUAAUCCUGCCUUUAAUGUCCCAAGACUUGCUAAAAUUUCCAUCGCUUUGUAAUCAAUAUUACAAGCUAAUUACUUUUAUUUGUGAAAUAUUCCCUGAGAAAAUUCCACAACUUCCAGAAGACUUGUUUAAAAGCCUUAUGUAUUCCUUAGAAUUAGGGAUGACGUCAAUGAGUUCAGAUGUUUGCCAGCUCUGCUUAGAAGCUCUGACACCGCUAGCGGAGCAGUGUGCAAAAGCACAGGAGACAGACUCAUCCCUCUUUUUAGCAACAAGGCACUUUCUUAAGAUGGUUUUUGAUAUGCUGGUACUGCAGAAGCACAAUACAGAGAUGACGGCUGCGGCAGGUGAAGCUUUUUACACGUUAGUAUGUUUGCAUCAGGCUGAAUAUUCCGAAUUAGUUGAAACAUUAUUAUCAAGUCAACAAGAUCCCAUAAUUUAUCAGAGGUUAGCAGAUGCCUUCAACAAGCUUACUGCAAGCAGCACUCCGCCUACGCUGGACCGUAAGCAGAAGAUGGCCUUCCUCAAAAGUUUAGAAGACUUUAUGUCAAAUGUCGGUGGUCUCCUCUGUGUAAAAUAAACACCAGAACUGUAUGCCUAACUUAGACCCUUUCUGCAAAAUGCACUGAAAAAUGCUGAAAGCUGACUUAAUCUUAAUGCCUGUUUCUGGGUUUUUCGCAGCCAUCUAAGAUUUUAGAGAGCCUGGAAGUUUUGAUAUAGUGCAGUGGAAUAGGAGAUGUCAACUCUAAAAUCAGCUUCUGCUAAUGUGUGUUAGCCACAGUGUGUCAUACCUUUUUAUGUUGUACAGAAUAAACAGAAAAACUGAAAUCUUAAAAAAAAAGAAUUCCACAAGUGCAUACAGAUGUGGGCACAGUCAAAACAAGAACCAGUGCCUUGUCCCAAAUGGCCUCAAAUAGUGACGAUUCAAAUUCCUCAAACAUUUUGUUGUUGCUAUAAACCCUUUUAGUGUGUGAUUUAGACACAUACAAAACUGUAAACAAUUUUAAGCUUUAUUUUUUUCCACUCUGAAAACUCUGUGUAAUUCAGUGAAGAAGAACACCAAAUGAUAUUUUUUAACGUGGAUUUAGUUUUUUCGUUUUUGUUUCGUUUUUUUACAUCAACCUGGCGUUGCAUGUUUAUGUAAUACAAGUUUCUACAUUAUAUGCUGCUGCCCUAAAGUUCAAAAAGAAGAAAGGUGUAUAUUUUUGUUUUCCCUGAAAUGAACUUUAGGAACUGUAGCCAUUUCAUUGCCUUAAUUUAAAACAAAUUUAAAAAAUAAAGCUGAUGAAAGUUAGGUGAGAAAUCUAAGGCAAGUUUGGGUCUUCAGAACUGUUUUAGAAUGUUGGCAUUAAGCCGCCGUGUACUUGUUUGCAGCCCUCCUGUGUUGAGAGUAUUAUGUCAGUGUGAGUGUAAAGAGAAGUUCGUGUAAUUUUACUUUCAAUAUCUGUUGAUUCAUGCCCAGGUCAUACACAACUGCAGUGUAUUCUAGACUGAACUAUUUGCUGAAGCAAUAAUGUUUCAAAAGGUGUAAAUUAUUAAUUUCUACAAACUAUUUUUUAUGUUGGGGCAUUAAAUUCAGUGGCUAGACUCUAUGUGAGUGUUAAACUCUAGCCAAAGGCCAUGAAUGUUUGAUCUCAAGAUUCAGAAUACUGAACUGUGGUCUGACGUCUUGCCACCACUGUCAGAUGCCACAGUGCUGUCUUCUGCUGCUCUGAUCCCAUUCAUAUAAUGUGUUGGCACUUUAAAAAAUGUGAGAUUACCUUUAUGGUUUCAUCCUGCACCCACCAAAUAGGAGGUUGCCAUGGGAACAAAGUGGCAGGAACUCAAGUAUAUGGAAGCAGGGAAUUUUUGAAUAGUUACAAGCCAAACUAAACGAAUGCGAAUGCAUAUGCUGCUGGUUAAAAUGAACCAUUUUUGAUGAAGGAAGGGGGUAAUCUCCAAGGCCUUGUGCUUCAUCCUCUGCAAGAGUUUUCCUAUUGGAUAUUUCCAAGUAGUAAUUUUUACAUUUUAUAUGGGGAUGUAUAAAACACUUGCCUCUGUAUAGCAUCAUGUUUGCAAUUCUGUGCCAUCCUUGAGUUGUUCAUUUCAAAAUUUAAUCACACUACCUGGUGUAUGUGUGUGUGUACACACACACACACACACACACACACACACACACACGCACGCACACACACACUGUGGAAUGUUAUAAGGGUCCAAAACAUAACUUCUUUAAUUCCUUCUUGGAAAGCCAUGAACUCAAAAAUCAAGAGAGGGAUAUGUUACUAUUUCUGCAAAAAUCUUUUUAUAAAAUGAAGACUGGCAGGAGCAAGUUGUUUCCUUGAAUAAGAUAAGAUCCAAACGACUCAUUAGAGUAAGGCUCAGUUGAGAUGUUCCUACCAAACCAUAGCUUUGACUUCAGGAACAUGCCUUGAACUCAAGCAUUCCUUGCAAGCUCAGAUUCCCUCCUAUUUUACUAGUCUGCAGUAUUCUGUAGUGACAACAAAUGAUUCUUACAUAAUUUUCCUCCAAACUAAAAACCAGUUGUUUGAGCAUGGAGUACAUUUCCAACAGCCAGACCAUGGUUUGGCCAUGACAUCUGAACUGAACCUGAGUCUCUUCCUUUUCAGUUAAUAUUGUUUCGUCUGUUUCUAAGGUAGUGUUAAUGUUGUUUGUAGAAUGAGGAAAUUUCUUUGGUUCCUGUUUGUUUAAAAAAUAAGUUCCUGUGGCUCCAACAAAGCCAUUCUCACUCUUAAUUAUGAUAAAUUGUAAUUUGGUCAUUUAAAUAAUUUGACAACUUUGGAAAUUCUUAAAAUAACGGCUUUCAAAAUGUCACCCAUUGCGUUGAAGGCAACUGUGUAGCCUAUGUUUCACUGACGGCAAGUAUGUAGCAGUUUGGAUAUAACUGAGUUGAGUUUCUCAGUUACUGUGUAUAACUGUUCUAGUUUAUAUAACUAGUGUUUAAAAUUGGUGCCACAUGUACCUCUAAUUUCUGGAUAUGCGAGAUAAGAUUAUUAUCUCUAGAAACAUUGAAAUUAAGCGGGUUUGCAAGAAUCCUUUUAAACUAAAAUACUAGCAAGGCAAUAGUGAAUCUUGCCCAAGAAUUCUACCUUCCUGGCUGGCUUGGGGAAGAGUUUGCCAAACACUGCUGCUGUGCAACCUCCAUUUGUUUUCAGGGGAUAUGUCCUGGGCUUCUGUGCAUGUAAAUGCAAAAUGAAUGGACCUUGUGUGCAACAAUGCUUGGUGGACUGGUUCUAAAAUUAAGAGUUGUCAAGGAUUAUUUGUAAUUUUAAACUUUUUUCCUCAUUUUAAAUGUAUGCUAUAUUAAAGGGACACUGUCCAGUACAUUUUUACCUGAAAUUUUGUAACUGUUAGUAAUAUCUAAGAAGGCUGACUAUCUUUCCUGUUUUUUGUAUUUUUUUAAAAGUAUAAAUAACAUUCAAUCUUGUUUUUCCCCAUUCAACUUGUAUCCAGAUGUCAAAAUAUGUUUCUCCAGCUUCUGAAUGUUAGCAUUUUAACAAUUUCAGAGAUCUAUAGUAGCUCUGGAAACCCGAUUUGGUGCAUAUGCACCUUCACCGCACUGGAGAGCUCUUUAUUACUUGACUAUGUCCAUGUCUUUAAAAGAAAGCAAUCUUUAAUGAGAUAUUAUGUACUUCUAUUAGUGGGGGCACAAACAAAGCUCAUGGAAGUCAAUAAAAAACAAUAAUGCAUUUCAGUUGGCUGUUAAGCCAUGUGACAUUUUUUGAGAAGUUGGUUCAUUAACAUAACAGCACUUUGUUUUGG